CUGAGAGUUUCUCUGAGAGUCUAAGCGUGGCGCAGCCGAUCUCUCACCUUCUCUCUCAGUAAAAAUACUAAACGAAACAUUUCGAAAAAACCGAAAAACAAAGAAACCGAAACGAUCAAAAAUUUCUGAAACGAAAAAGAUUUUGAACUUUUCGAACUCUCCCUCGCCGAGACCUUAGGGUUUUGCGUACUCCGAUCGCCAUGGAUAUUCGAUUCCCUUACUCUCCAGCGGAGGUCGCCAAAGUCCGCAUGGUUCAGUUCGGCAUACUCAGCCCCGACGAGAUCAGGCAAAUGUCCGUGGUGCAGAUUGAGCACAGCGAGACGAUGGAGAGGGGGAAGCCGAAGAUGGGCGGUCUAAGCGACUCUCGGCUUGGCACCAUUGAUAGGAAGAUGAAGUGCGAUACUUGCACAGCGAACAUGGCCGAGUGCCCGGGCCACUUUGGGCACCUCGAGCUCGCCAAGCCCAUGUUUCAUAUCGGAUUUUUGAAGACUGUGCUCAGUAUCAUGCGCUGUGUUUGCUUUAAUUGCUCUAAGAUUCUGGCCGACGAGGAAGACCAAAAGUUUAAGCAAGCAAUGAAAAUAAAGAAUCCCAAAAAUAGAUUAAAAAAGAUUUUGGAUGCCUGCAAGAACAAAACCAAAUGUGAAGGUGGUGAUGAACUUGAGGUUCAUGGUCAAGAUUCUGAAGAACCAGUCAAAAAGAGUCGUGGUGGCUGUGGUGCUCAGCAGCCAAAGCUCACUAUCGAAGGCAUGAAAAUGAUUGCAGAGUACAAGGCACAAAGGAAGAAAAAUGAUGAUCAAGAACAGCUUCCUGAACCUGCGGAAAGAAAACAAACACUUACCGCAGAAAGGGUUCUUAGUGUUCUGAAGAGAAUAAGUGAUGAAGACUGCCAACUGUUGGGCUUGAACCCUAAGUAUGCUCGUCCAGACUGGAUGAUUCUACAAGUACUUCCAAUUCCUCCACCUCCUGUUAGACCCUCUGUGAUGAUGGAUACCUCCUCCAGGAGCGAGGAUGAUUUGACUCAUCAGUUGGCGAUGAUAAUACGGCACAAUGAGAAUCUGAGGAAACAAGAGAGGAAUGGGGCACCUGCACAUAUCAUUUCGGAGUUUGCACAGUUGUUGCAAUUCCAUGUAGCCACAUAUUUUGACAAUGAUUUACCUGGACAGCCGAGGGCUACCCAAAGAUCAGGAAGACCCAUUAAAUCUAUAUGUAGUAGGCUUAAGGCAAAGGAAGGUCGGAUUAGAGGUAAUCUGAUGGGGAAACGUGUGGAUUUUUCAGCACGAACUGUUAUUACUCCAGAUCCAAACAUUAAUAUAGAUGAAUUGGGCGUACCGUGGAGUAUUGCUUUAAAUCUCACAUAUCCAGAGACUGUUACUCCGUAUAACAUAGAAAGGUUGAAGGAGCUUGUUGAAUAUGGGCCCCAUCCUCCACCUGGUAAAACUGGUGCCAAGUAUAUCAUAAGGAAUGAUGGACAAAGACUAGAUCUCCGUUACUUGAAGAAAAGUAGUGAUCACCAUCUGGAGCUUGGAUACAAGGUGGAGCGGCAUUUGAAUGAUGGAGACUUUGUACUCUUUAAUCGGCAACCUAGUCUGCAUAAGAUGUCUAUUAUGGGGCACAGAAUCAAGAUUAUGCCAUACUCAACUUUCCGUCUGAAUUUAUCUGUUACCUCUCCAUAUAAUGCUGAUUUUGAUGGCGAUGAAAUGAAUAUGCAUGUUCCUCAGUCGUUUGAAACUAGAGCAGAGGUGUUGGAGCUAAUGAUGGUGCCUAAAUGCAUUGUGUCCCCUCAAGCAAAUCGUCCUGUUAUGGGAAUAGUCCAGGAUACGCUUUUAGGUUGCCGUAAAAUCACCAAGAGGGACACACUUAUAUCGAAGGAUGUUUUCAUGAACAUCUUGAUGUGGUGGGAGGAUUUUGAUGGGAAAAUUCCUGCUCCGGCAAUUUUGAAGCCAGGGCCUUAUUGGACUGGAAAACAAGUUUUCAAUCUUAUUAUACCAAAACAGAUAAAUCUCACACGAACUUCUGCCUGGCACUCGGAGUCAGAAACUGGAUUCAUAACUCCAGGGGACACUCAAGUGAGAAUAGAAAGGGGGGAGCUACUUGCUGGAACUCUUUGCAAGAAGACACUUGGGACAUCUUCAGGAAGUCUUAUACAUGUUAUUUGGGAAGAGGUUGGUCCAGAUGCGGCUCGCAAGUUUCUGGGUCAUGUGCAGUGGCUGGUUAAUUACUGGCUUUUGCAGAAUGGUUUUAGCAUUGGGAUUGGAGAUACAAUUGCCGAUGCAGCAACAAUGGAAACAAUUAAUGAGACUAUUUCUAAAGCGAAAAAUGAAGUGAAAGACCUUAUCAGAAAAGCCCAAGCAAGGGAGCUAGAACCUGAACCUGGACGUACUAUGAUGGAGUCAUUUGAAAACAAAGUGAACCAGACGUUGAAUAGGGCACGUGAUGAUGCCGGAAGUAGUGCCCAGAAGAGUUUAUCUGAGAGUAACAAUCUCAAGGCUAUGGUUACUGCAGGAUCCAAAGGUAGUUUCAUCAACAUAUCGCAGAUGACUGCUUGUGUGGGGCAGCAGAAUGUUGAGGGUAAGCGAAUCCCAUAUGGGUUCAUAGACAGGACUUUGCCCCAUUUUACCAAAGAUGAUUAUGGACCAGAAAGUCGUGGAUUUGUGGAGAACUCAUAUCUACGUGGACUGACCCCACAAGAGUUCUUUUUUCAUGCCAUGGGUGGUAGGGAAGGUCUUAUUGAUACUGCAGUGAAGACUUCUGAAACGGGGUACAUCCAAAGGCGACUUGUGAAGGCUAUGGAAGAUAUUAUGGUCAAAUAUGAUGGGACUGUACGCAAUUCUUUGGGUGAUGUUAUCCAAUUUCUAUAUGGGGAAGACGGUAUGGAUGCUGUCUGGAUAGAAUCACAGAGGCUGGAUUCUUUGAAAAUGAAAAAAUCAGAAUUUGAUAGGGUUUUCAGUUAUGAGUUUGAUGAUGAACACUGGAACCCUGAUUACAUGAUGCAAGAACACAUUGAAGACUUGAAAACCAUCAGAGAGUUUCGCAACGUGUUUGAUGCUGAAGUUCAAAAGCUUGAAGCUGACAGGUACCAACUGGGAACAGAGAUUGCCACGACGGGUGAUAAUUCCUGGCCAUUACCUGUCAACCUUAAGAGGCUCAUAUGGAAUGCGCAAAAGAUCUUUAAGAUUGACCCUCGAAGGCAUUCUGAUAUGCAUCCAAUGGAAAUUGUGGAAGCUGUUGAUAAGCUCCAGGAGAGGCUGAAGGUUGUACCGGGUGACGAUUUGUUGAGUGUUGAAGCUCAGAAGAAUGCUACCCUCUUCUUUAGUAUUUUGCUUCGUAGCACUUUUGCCAGUAAGAGGGUAUUGGAGGAGUACAAGCUUACUCGUGAAGCAUUUGAGUGGGUUAUUGGUGAAAUAGAAUCGCGCUUCCUGCAGUCACUUGUAGCACCGGGGGAAAUGAUCGGUUGUGUUGCCGCUCAGUCUAUCGGUGAGCCUGCAACACAGAUGACCCUAAAUACCUUUCACUAUGCCGGUGUCAGUGCAAAGAAUGUCACCCUUGGUGUUCCCAGGUUGAGGGAAAUCAUUAAUGUAGCUAAGAGGAUCAAAACACCUUCUCUCUCUGUGUACCUGAAGCCUGAAGUUGGUAAAACUAAGGAGAGGGCAAAGAAUGUUCAGUGUGCUUUGGAAUACACUACUCUUCGGAGUGUAACUCAAGCUACAGAGGUAUGGUAUGAUCCGGAUCCCAUGAGCACAAUAAUUGAAGAGGAUGUUGAUUUUGUCAGAUCCUAUUAUGAAAUGCCAGAUGAAGAGGUUGCGCCUGAAAAAAUCUCUCCUUGGUUGCUUCGCAUAGAGUUGAAUCGAGAAAUGAUGGUGGACAAGAAGUUAAGCAUGGCUGACAUUGCUGAGAAGAUCAACCUUGAAUUUGAUGAUGAUUUGACUUGUAUUUUCAAUGACGACAAUGCUGAAAAACUGAUCCUUCGAAUCCGUAUCAUGAAUGAUGAAGCUCCGAAGGGGGAACUGCAGGAUGAAUCUGCUGAAGAUGACGUUUUCCUGAAGAAGAUCGAGAGUAACAUGUUGACAGAAAUGGCUCUUCGAGGUAUCCCAGAUAUCAACAAGGUGUUCAUCAAACAAUGUAAGAUAAACAAGUUUGAUGAGAAUGAAGGAUUUAAGCCAGAACAAGAGUGGAUGUUGGAUACAGAAGGUGUCAAUCUAUUGGCUGUUAUUUGUCAUGAAGACGUAGAUGCAAGGAGGACCACAAGCAAUCACUUAAUUGAAGUAAUUGAAGUUCUUGGAAUUGAGGCAGUUCGUCGGUCCCUGCUGGAUGAGUUGCGGGUUGUCAUAUCUUUUGAUGGAUCUUAUGUGAAUUACCGCCAUCUAGCUAUCCUGUGCGAUACCAUGACCUAUCGUGGUCAUUUAAUGGCCAUCACCCGUCAUGGCAUCAAUCGAAAUGAUACUGGGCCGAUGAUGAGAUGCUCGUUUGAAGAAACAGUGGACAUUCUUCUUGAUGCUGCAGUAUAUGCUGAAACAGAUCACUUGAGGGGCGUUACCGAAAACAUAAUGUUAGGUCAGCUUGCACCAAUUGGCACAGGAGACUGUGCCUUGUAUCUCAAUGAUGAGAUGUUGAAGAAUGCUAUUGAACUCCAACUGCCUAGUUAUAUGGAUGGUCUGGAUUUUGGCAUGACACCUUCCCGAUCUCCAGUUUCAGGAACUCCAUAUCAUGAGGGCUUGAUGUCCCCAAAUUAUUUGCUGAGCCCAAAUCUCCGGCUGUCACCCAUUACAGAUGCUCAGUUUUCUCCUUAUGUCGGUGGAAUGGCUUUUUCUCCUACGUCAUCACCGGGCUACAGUCCAUCAUCUCCGGGCUACAGUCCGUCAUCCCCGGGGUACAGCCCCACCUCCCCGGGGUACAGCCCCACCUCCCCGGGAUACAGUCCCACCUCCCCUGGUUAUAGCCCAACAUCCCCAACAUAUAGCCCUAGUUCUCCUGGCUAUAGCCCAACCAGUCCUGCCUAUUCUCCUACGAGUCCAUCUUACUCGCCUACCUCUCCCAGCUACAGCCCAACCUCUCCCAGCUACAGUCCAACCUCUCCCAGCUACAGCCCAACCUCUCCUACUUACAGCCCUACCUCUCCCAGUUACAGCCCCACUUCGCCGGCAUACAGCCCCACUUCGCCGGCAUACAGCCCCACUUCACCGGCAUACAGCCCCACUUCCCCAUCUUACAGUCCCACGUCGCCUUCGUACAGUCCCACAUCUCCUUCAUACAGCCCAACCUCACCCUCGUACAGCCCCACAUCUCCCUCGUACAGCCCUACCUCACCAGCCUAUAGCCCCACGUCUCCAGGGUAUAGUCCAACCUCACCUAGUUAUAGUCCGACAUCUCCAUCCUACAAUCCACAGUCAGCAAAGUACAGCCCUUCACUGGCGUACUCCCCAUCGAGUCCAAGAUUGUCACCAUCGAGUCCAUAUAGUCCUACAUCUCCUAAUUAUAGUCCAACGUCACCAUCAUAUUCACCGACAUCCCCAUCUUAUUCUCCAUCUAGCCCAACAUACAGCCCCAGUAGUCCAUACAAUUCUGGAGUGAGCCCUGACAGUCCAAGUUCUCCAACGUACAGCCCAAGUGCAGGGUACUCACCAAGCCAACCUGGGUACUCUCCAUCAUCUACCAGCCAGUAUACUCCACAAACGAGUGACAAAGAUGACAAGAGCACUCGUUAAGUCAUUAUUGAUAAAUAGACUGAAUGAAAGCUAAGUUGAUAUGCAGAUGUUUAAACAUGGGACUGCCGCAGACGUGGACUCAACCACGAAAGGGUGGAGAGAUGUGCAAAUUAAUAACUUGGCCGGAUAUGUCAGCUUGUAUUGUAGUAGUACCUCUUGAUGUAUCAUUAUUAUUCAUCAAAAAAAAAAAAAAAAAGUUACCUCUUGAUGUAUCAUCCACUGCAUGGUGUUCUGUUGGGGUAAUAUUUGUGGACUUAAAUGGAGUAGUUUGCGAGUUGGGGCUCACCUUUAUAGUGCAAAUGGUUCAUUAGAUGUGGGUAGAAUGCAUUUGAUCAGUGUAUUUUAUUGUUUCUUUCAAUGUUCAACUGCAAAUAUAUAAGCUGAAUUUUCUAAAGCAGAGAUAAUCAUGGAAUGUCUUGUUGAGUCA